ACUUUGUGCAGGUUGUGAUAAUGUUUUGUAUUAACAGGUUUAAGUGCGACUGAUGGCAGCACUGUAUUUGCACCUAUCAUAAUGAAUUCUAAUAUAUCAGAAUCCAUUAAUAUAAAUGUGAAUGCACCAAAUGCUGUGAGAAACUCUGAUCAAACUAAAGAUUGUGGAAGAGGAAAAUCUAAAGUAGUAACAGAUUGUAAGGAGUUUCUGAAAAAGAACCACAGUUGCUUGGUCCAAAACGUCAAGCACAUUGAUGUUAUUCUUGAUGAUCUUCAUUUACAUCCUGAAGCAGCUGCAAAUGUGAGAUCAAAGGGAACAAAUCCAGCCAAGAUGAGGGAACUGCUUGGCUAUAUCAAUUCUAAAGCCAUCGCUGAACGUCUGGUUGAUGCUUUGUUUGAGCAUGAACGUGAUCUCAUGGAUGAUCUACUCAGCUAAAAUUGUAUCGUCUACAUUCCAGUAACUUUUUUACCAAAUACUUUUUAAUCAAUUGUGGCAUUGUACAAACCAGAUUUAUACCAACACAGUCUCAGGCCUUUUUAAAAUGAACAAUUGUAUAAACACCAAUUUUUAUAUUGCCCAAUGUGUAUACACAUGAUGACAAUGGCUUUGUAAUAAAAAAAUACAGUUUUAUAUCAUA